UAUGUAAUGCAAUGCAACCUUGUGGUUCUGUGGACUGAUAACCAGUUCAUUUAGGUUCCAUUAUUUCAGUACUUGGAAAAUGCUUCAUCUGGCAGGUACUGCUGUGCGCUCCUCUUCUUGAAUUAUGUGACAGUCGUGAGACGAGGCUGUAGUGCGUAUGCCUGGUAUGAAGAUAAAGUGUAUCUUCACGUUCUGCAAAAGGAAAAGCCACUUGAUUCAGCUGUUUUAGUACUAACUUGGAGUACUGUACCUCAAGGAAAUCAGUUUGCAUGAGAAGACCGUGCAAACUCAGAAUAAAAAGACGGGGUGGGCUCUAGUAAGACUUUCUGUGGUUCUGGAAUUCUGUUCAGGUGAAAAUAUUCGGUGCAAGCAAACUAUUUGGGUUAUUUCAAUUAGCAAGAUUCUUUGAAGCUUUUGUAUAAAGAAGCUGCUACUUACUGCUUUCUCUCCUUGGUAGCAGUCUGUAAAUAUGCUUUAGAUAUACUUUUUUUUUUCCUCCCCCCAUGUUAAGAGACUGUUUGAAUAGCUUGUAAUGAUUUCACAUAGAGGUUGUUGGUAUUUCACAAAGUGUAAUGAAAGUUGUUUUAACAUGCUGUGCUUUUGAAAUAUUUAAAAGAUUGUAUUAGCUAAUCUCAAAUUCAAACAGCUAGUUCUCUUUGGAUGUGUAGAGAAGACUGUCUUCUGGGAAGACUUGCUCUUAUAUUCUCUGAUUCUUUUUUCUCACAGAAUUUGCCGUAAUCAAAUUCUGCUUUUUUUUCUUUUUCUUUUUUUUUUUUUUUUUAAUGCUUAAGAAUACACUUAGCAGAGCAAGAUUAAACCUGUACUUGAGAUGUGCCCAAAUAACAUAGGAAAUGGGAGAGUAUUCUGUAAGUGUUGGGUCCACCGCGGAUUCAGUCCGGUUACCGGAGAUGAAACAACAUCCAGUCUGCAUGCGAUCAGUGCAAAAUAAGGCCAUCUACUUUAUUCCAUCUCAACUAAAGCUUCUGCUCAGGUCUUGCUGCUUGCAAAGCAAAUGAAAAUAUUAACUGUGAUGGUUUUUUUGUUGGGUUUUGUUUUGUUUUGCCAUCUAAAGAGAGAACAAAUGAAAAUUAGGAAGCCUAUAACUUUUUUGCUUGAUUCCUUCUUUUGCUCUAAGAUAGCAGUCCGCUACUUGUUGUGGUAGCAGGUUGAUGUGCUAUUAUUACUUGCCCUGAUGCCUCACAAAUGUUAAUUUUUAUGUAAUCCUAUUUGAUUGUAGAUCUUUAAGGAUAAUAAUCUAGCCUAGUCUUAAUGCUUUGUGGAAAAAAAAAGAAAACAACCUGUGCCAUUGUUGCUAAUGUCUGUUAUUAUCAGAAAACCUAUAAAAACUGUUCUGAAAGUAAUCAAAGUUUCAGGUUCUGUAAAGUCAAAAUUCCAUGAGCAGAAAAUACAAAGUAUGGAUACUGAAAUGCUUCUUUAGAGGCUUCCUUAUCCAUUUAUACAGGGAUUGUGUGGAUUUUACAGGAUAACAAAACAUUCUUGCUACUGUACUGAUGAUACUGAAUUUCCUGUGAAACAGAAAGGUUUACUACUGGCAAGAGCUAACGAGUAAACUAAUGUACUAAAAAAGUAAACCAUAUUUAAAUGUAAUCUUAAAUAUCUUUUUCUAGCAAUAGAAAUGAAUAGGAAUUAACACAUUUCUCACCAACAGUGAGGAAAUACUGCAGAUGGGCAUCAUGCGCUCUGGCUGUUCACAUCAUGUCUAAUUUGACUGAAUAUAAGUAACGGGUGCCCAUUUUUACUUGACCUAAUCUGUGCUUGCAUUCAAAAAAGCACUUAGAGGUAAUGUCCACCUUGGAUAAGAAUGGGAGAUUAAUUUCUAUUAAACAUCUAUCUCUAUCUCUUGUUAAUUCUCCAAUGCUGCUUGAGCUCCUCACAUGCGGUUGAUCCUACUGAGUGAAACUUGUCACAGAUGGAAGCUGAAUUUAGGCUUUAUGGCUUGAAUUUCCAGGGUUAAAAUUUGGAAUUGGUGACAAUUUAAAGUUACUGUACUUAAAUGACUUGAAGGUUAUUUUAAGUUUGAAAUUUAAUUGCUAUAAAAUGGAAUCCUUUGUCUGUAAUUUCUAGUGCCAAAAGAAAGCAAAUACAUCCAUGUGUGUAAAUAGGUUUUUUAACAUGUAUGCUUAUUCAUAGUUGUCAAUACAGGUUUUGUCCCUGUAAACAAUCGAUUUCUCAGUCAUUCAUGCCAUUUGUUUGAAUCUGUAAGCUUCUCUUUGUACCACUUCAAAACAGGUGCAUAAUGGUAGCACUUUGUUUAUCUGAUACUGUUCCUGAAUUUUGAAGCCAUGUCUUUUUUUUUUUUUCCCAAAAGAAAACCUGAAAUCACUUCUGAUGUACCUUCAAGCUAUCCUUCUAUUGGAAGGAAUUAAAGUACCUUUAACUGUAACUUGAUGUUACCAUUUCUAAGAGUCUUUUUCAAAAGAAUCAGCUAUUAGUCCCAAACUGCGUUGUUGGGUGGAAGUUGUGUGCUCACUUUUAUGGACUGCAGGUGCCUACUACGGUAAAGGUGAGGUCACAAGUGACCCUAGAACAAGAAGCUUGCUUCUGCAGGGGAGCAGCUCUUUGCUUAAUCUCUUGCACUCCUUCUCCUGGAUUAAAAUGGAGUUUUCAAAGGCUUUUCUCUUGAUCCCACAUCUCUGAGUGAACAUGCUCUGUAGUGGAGGGAGUCCCAUAAAACCUAACACCCAGUGCCUGCAAAGUAGCAUCACUUUGUGCAGCAAUGACCCUGGGCAGCUACUCAGAGGAUUUCUGCAGUGCCCAAGGGCUGGAGCAGCAUCUCUGUGUGCUGCUGCUUCUCCCCAACUGCUGCUGGCCAGCAGGACUACUCUGUGGCUGGGCCUGGGAGCAUCGCUGGCAGCUGAAGGGGCUGUUCUGUACCCCUGUGCUGGCGGCAGACCAGUGUCCACUCAAUGCCUCUUCCCAGCAGGAUGUUGGAAGGGCUGGGUGGGCGCUUUGUGCUUUCAGCAGUGACGUUUUCCGAGGGACAGAGAGGUGAACAGAAGGGAUAGCUGAACUGGCCAGGGCUAUCUCUGACUGGAGGGGAGGCAGAGGGCUGCCAGCACAGCCAGACCCUCUUGGCCUUUGGGCACACACAUGCUGUGAGGGUUGGCUACUGCCAGCCCCAUCCCUACUGGCUGCAGGACUCGUUCAGCCAAGUGAACCUUGUCCAACUCUUACAGCUCCCUGGGCUCCACACACUGAUGCCCAGCCUCGCAGGGAAGGUAGAGGCCCAAAAAGAAUGAGGAAGCCACCCUACAAGCCCCCAACACAACAGUGGGCAGACCGACCUCUGCACCUCACUGAGCUAAACUUCAAUCUCUACACAUGGGACGGUUUGUCCGCUGCUCCUGUGAAACUCCAAAGCCAACUAAAUCAUCUUUUCCUUUCCUAGUAUUUCCACAGAAUGAAGAGUCUAAUUAAAAUCAUUCCUUAAACACUAAACAGAGCCUGGCCCACGUUACAAAAAGCAGCAGGUUCCAGAAGGGUUUAUAUUAAUCUAAUGCACUGGGUUUAUUAACAACAGGAGCAUGUUCAAAGGUUUUAUAGAAGUCUAAGGCUUCAUUAAUUCAACUUGAUUAAGCUAGAUUUCAAUUCUACAUUUUCUGGUGGUUUCCUUAUACUAAUUAUUCACUUGUAGACUAUUUACAACGGGCUUAUGUUAGAAAAAACGGCUCUAAUUAAAUAAAAGAAAAGCAUUCUCUUUAUUAGCCUAUUUCUAAGCACGUACGUGGGAAUACUAUCAACUCUGGAUGGCUCCAGGGCUGAAAAAGCAUAUUAAUGCACAAAUAAUACUCAGUGCUGCCGAGGAGGGAUGCGAGGGGAGGUUUGUGCCACCUGAAGGCAGCGAUGCUGUGUCUCAGCGGCUGCGAUGCACCGCCUGUCAGCUCUGCGUGGCGAUGAGGCAGCGCUCGGCGUUCUGUAGCGACGCUGCCAAUGGGUUCGGGUUCCUUCUGUCCCAAAUAUUCAGCUGAAGCAGCGUUGUCUCGCUCCUGCCCCGCAGAGGGGCAUCUCUACAGAGAAUCAGUUGGUCACAGACAGAUAGAUGGGCGUCGUCUCCUUUCCAGGGCAGCACCGUCCCUGGAGGAGAGCUGCGGAUUGCCCUACGUGCAAGCUACAAACAGCCGGCAGGGCCAGCACAACCAACAGCGCCCGGCUUCAGCCCGGAGAUGUCACGAACCGAGCUAAGAUCUGUCACGGCGUCACCGUAACGUCGCUUUGCCACAAUACCCCGCUGCCGGUGCCUACGGAGGCGGGAGGUGCCUCGGUCUCCUCAGCGUCCGGCUGCCGCGCCUCUCCUUCCCGCCGCCAUCCCGGCCGUUCCCUCAGGGCGGAGGGCUGAGCUCGCAGCCGGGCGUUGCGCGGGCACGGGAGGAGGAUCCCCGCUGCUCGAGGGCCGCCCGCCGGGACUUCCCAGACCCGGACCCCGCGAGAGGGCGCUGGCGGGGCCGCGCCGCUCCCCGGGAAGGCUGAAGUUUGAAAAAGUGCCGGUCGUUGGCGGCGCCGCACGGAGCGAUGGCGGCGGGCAGCCCGCAGGGCAGCUGUCUCUUGAAGCUGGGCAAUGGUGUGAACUUAAUGGAUCCAAGCUUCCAGCAAAAACUGGAGGGUGAGAAGGAACUACUUCGUCGUGCUAUACAGAAAGAACUGAAAAUUAAAGAGGGAGCAGAAAACCUGCGUAAAGCAACAACAGACAGAAAAAAUCUGGCUCAUAUAGAGCACGUGCUGAAAUCCUCCAACCGCAAACUAGAACAACUUCAUUGGGAACUUCAGGAGCUGAAUGCGAGGAUUGUAAUAACUGGCAAGGAGGACAAUAAGACAGUUUGUACAGAUGGAUCUUUAUCUCCUGACCCUUGCCUCUGGGAAAGAAACCCAGAUCCCAUGGCCAGGAAGGUUGAAGCUCUCAAAAAGCAGCUGCAUGUUGAAAUGAAAGUCAAGCAAGGAGCUGAGAAUAUGAUCCAGAUGUAUUCAAGUGCAACAUCCAAGGAGCGGAAGCUGCUGGCUACAGCUAAGCAGAUGCUUCAGGACAGUAAGACAAAGAUUGAAAUUAUCCGCAUGCACAUCGUGAAGGUGUCUCAGUCAGCAGGAGGGAUGGAAGAUACGGUGGAUCCAGCAGUGAGGCUGGGAGCCACCAUCAAUGCUGUGGAGCUGCGCAUUGAGGAGCUGAGGCAUCGUCUGCGUAUUGAAGCUGCUGUAGCUGAGGGGGCAAAAAAUGUGCUGAAGAUCCUAGGAGGGAGUCGGGUACAAGAUCGCAAAUUUUUGGCUGAGGCUCAGGGUCGUUUGCAAGAGUCCUCUCAGAAGAUUGACCUGCUGCGCUUGUCCUUGGAACGUCAGCUUAGUGGGCUUUCUCCAGAUCACCCAAAACGAGCUCUCAUCAAGCAGGAAUUAGUAAAUACCUCUUCUCUGGGAGCUCAGCAUGGCAUUAUCCAACCCACUUCAGUCAUCAAACCUACAGCUCUUACAGGAACGUUGGAAGUGAGACUGAUGGGAUGUCAGGAUUUACUGGAAAAUGUUCCCGGCCGUUCCCGAAUGGCUGGUUCUUCUCCCAUCUGUGGCAGCCCAGGCGACUUGAAGUCCUUUUCCCUAACAAGAGUUGGCCUGGGUAUCCAUGGCCGUAGUGUUGCAGGAAAGUACCUGCGAAAUGAAGAGCUAUGUAAUGAAGUCCUUGCUGUGCUCAAAGUGGACAAUAAAGUUGUUGGCCAAACAAACUGGGGACCAGUAAAUAACCAGGCAUGGGACCAGAGCUUUGUCAUUGAGCUAGACAGGUCUCGUGAACUCGAAAUUUCAAUUUAUUGGAGAGACUGGAGAGAACUGUGUGCAGUGAAGUUCUUACGUUUGGAUGAUUUCCUUGAUAAUGAACGCCAUGGGAUGUGCCUCUUGCUUGAACCCCAAGGAAUGCUUUUUGCAGAGGUGAUGUUCUGUAAUCCUGUCAUUGAGAGAAAGCCAAAACUGCAGCGACAGAAACGUAUUUUCCCCAAACAGAAAGGGAAAGAAUUUCUCCGAGCUCCUCAAAUGAACAUCAGUGUUGCUGCUUGGGGUCGCCUGAUGAUGAGCUUCCUCCCUCCAUGUAGUUCCAUUAGCACUCUGAGUCCCCCACUUCAUGAUUCCAUGCAUGCGGAUUUCUCUCCAGUUCCCCUACAAAAUCAUGUCAACUCAAUAACCAAGCUGAAUAGUGACUUUCCUGUGGCAAAGUUUACAUAUGAUGAUGAAGCACCACCCAAGCCUCCACGUCUCUUUCUGAUGUCCAAGUCCAAAGAACCAACACCAUCUCCUGCAGAUUCUCCGUGUCUGAAGAGGCUGCAUGUAGAGGAGAAGACUUGCAGCUCUGCUUUAACAGAAUUUGCAAUCCAGGCAUCUCCAAGGAAAGGGGCAGUUCAUCUUGAGGAUUUUCACUGCAUCGCCAUGCUGGGACGUGGCCAUUUUGGGAAGGUACUGCUGGCCCAAUACAAAGCAACUGGGAAGUUGUAUGCUAUCAAAGCCUUGAAGAAAAAAGAUAUCAUUAGGAGAGAUGAAAUUGAUAGCUUGAACUGUGAGAAGCGAAUAUUUGAGGUGGUCAAUUCUUCUGAUCAUCCAUUCCUUGUGAACAUGUUUGCAUGUUUCCAAACACCUCAUCAUGCUUGUUUUGUGAUGGAAUACACUCCAGGAGGUGAUCUUAUGAUGCGCAUACAUGAAGAUGUUUUUCCAGAGCGUACAGCACAGUUUUACACGGCCUGCGUAGUCUUGGGACUCCAAUUUCUGCAUGAGAAGAAAAUUGUUUAUAGGGACCUGAAAUUGGAUAAUCUGCUUUUAGAUGCUGAAGGAUUUGUGAAGAUUGCAGAUUUUGGACUGUGUAAGGAAGGAAUAGGUUUUGGAGACCGCACAAACACCUUCUGUGGUACUCCUGAAUUUCUGGCUCCAGAAGUCCUCACAGACAUCUCUUACACUCGGGCAGUAGAUUGGUGGGGACUGGGUGUGCUCAUUUAUGAGAUGCUUGUUGGUGAGUCGCCAUUUCCUGGAGAUGAUGAGGAAGAAGUCUUUGAUAGCAUUGUCAAUGAUGAAGUCCAGUAUCCACGAUUCCUUUCAUCAGAGGCACUUUCUAUAAUCCGUAAGCUUCUUCGAAAGUGUCCAGAGCGUAGACUGGGAGCAGGGGAAAAAGAUGCAGAAGAGAUUAAAAUCCAGCCCUUUUUUAAGGAAAUGGAUUGGGAUGCUUUGUAUGCCAGGACUCUGAAGCCCCCUUUUGUGCCCACUCUAAAAGAUCCAACAGACAUUAGCAACUUUGAUGAAGAGUUUACAUCACAGAAGCCAAUUCUGACUCCUCCAGAGGAGGUUGCUCUCCUAACCCGUAAGGAGCAGGCUGUCUUCAAGGACUUUGAUUUUGUCUCCAAACACCUUUUGUAUGCUUGAUUCCUGUGCUUAAGAAACAUGAACAAAUAAAUUGUUACCAUCUUGAGAGGGCAUAGAGAGGACUUGGCAUGGGCAAUGGAAAAGUCAACAAACUUCAUAGAAUGGGUAGUGGUGAAGUGCCCUGCAAACUGUUACUCUGCUGUGUUUUUUUCAGCCUUGCUUGCUGGAGGAAUACUGGAUGUGAAUUACCUUUGAGAAGUUCACUUUUGAUUGGAUGUCUUCUGCUGCCACUGAAUAUAUAUAUAUAUAUAUGUAGUAAUUUGGAAUUUAAUCUGAACUUAAUUUAAUGAUUUAAUUGUCAUCUCUGCCUCCCAGGUUACUCUUUACAAAGAGCCAAAGGAAUGCAGCUCUUUUGGGUUACAUAAUACCAGGGAGAAUGGGCGCUCCUCUCCUGUUUUCUAUAAGAGAUAUGCAGUGCUCCUUCUUUGUAGAGAUUUUAUUCCUGUUCCCACUUGUGUAUGCCAGAGAAGGAAUGGAUUUUAACACAACUGAGGUAAUGAUGUUUGAGUUUGGUAAUGAUCCAAGUGAUGUACCUUAAGUAAAAACAAAACAAAACUCUUUAUACUUCUUUCAGGAUGUGAAAUCUUAGCUAUGGAUUUUAAUAAUGUAAAGAAGCCACCAUUUUGCACAUGCUUUCUUUUCCUUCUUUUUUUUUUUUUUUUUUUUAAAUAAAGAUACUAUUCCUUAUAAUUAAAUCUCAGCUUUUCAUCUCCUUGGUGUUAGGUGAAUGUUUCAGAUCAGUGCUACCCAUAGUAAACUCAGUAGACAGGAUUUUAUUUUUCUCUGUAAAUGUCAGGGUAGUAUUUUUCUUCCUUCCUUCCUUCCAUCCCAAGUUGUCUGUGUACAUAUUGCAUGGUAUGAUCAGCUGUCACAUCCAAAUGAUUGCAGUCAAGUUGUCUCUCUGCAGUUGUUCAUCAAUGUGUAUAUCCUGUAUCUUUUUUGGAAUAGUUAAAUAUUGACAGUGUUAGUGCUGGAAAAUCAGGAUGCUUAAGCUGAUCUAAUUUGCCUAGCAACAUACUUUGUAAUUAAACUUGGUUAGAUUCAUUUUCUUCUCUAUAAUUCAUGUUAACUUGCUGGGUAAAAAAAGGAAAGCAUGUAUAGAAAUGAAGCAUUUCACUGAAGACAAAUAAGGACACAAAGCUCUUAUUCUUUCAGUUUUCUUCAGCAGAGGUAGACAGAAGUUGAACUAAUACAAUUGUGCUAUUUUUGGAGAUAAGAAGCAGCUCGUGAGUUGCCUGGGUUAAGUGCUUCAGAAUUCAGAGGCAUUUAAGAGCUUUAGUAAGAGCAUAUGUUUGUGCAAAACAAAUAAUUCAGUCUGAACAUUGUUUUCCUAUUUUCAGAGCCAAGUAUAACUGCUGCUGAAACUUCCAGCAUAUAAACAUACUUUCAACCUUCUGCACCAUUUAAAGGAGGAUACACAUCUUCCUCUACCAGUUGAAUGUAAUGGUUGGCUUGCUUAUGGCCCUGCAGUUGUUUCGUGAUUUUCCUUUUUUUUUUUUAAGGACUUCUUCAGAGCGUUAAGCACAGUGAGUUGUUAGUUCAGGUGAAACCUAGAAGUUGAGUUUCAGAAAGAGAGGCAAAAAGAAACAAACAAGAUGUAUGUAAUUGUUUAAUACUUUUAUAGUACAAAUACCAUAAGCUACCAUUUCAGUGCAAGUACAAGAGAAUUACCAAAGAGCACAACGCUGUGUUUUGAACUUUAUUACCUGCUGGCAUAUUUUUGAGUGAUAGCUGAAAUAAUUGCUAAGGAGGAAAUGAGCCAUCCUGCAACAGGCACCACAUUGACACAACUGCAGGGUCCCUUCUGGACUGUGCAUCAUUAUUAUGAAAACAAUUCUUAAUAUUCUGAUAUCCCUCUGACAGGAGUUCCUUCUCUGAACGCAUUAGCCUGGAUGCAGGUUACAGACUCUGGAUUUGGUUAAAAAAAAGUCUGCAUUUUCAAUCUGCUUUUGGACUAUCAUGUUACAUUAGUGACUCUAUGACUCUAUACUGUUCUUUCCUGAGUGCUCAUUAGCCCUGACUGCAUUCUGCCAGCUUGCUAGAUGUAUUCCUGAGCUGCUGUUAACUUCUGAAUCAAAGCAAUUAAGGCACAAUAACUAAGUUGUUGGAUGUGGUUUGCUUUUUUUGUUUUUAAAGUAGAAAAGGGUCAGCACUAAAAUUCACACCACAGGCCCUUCUACUUUAAAUUGUUGAUCCUAACUUCCAGUCCUUAUGGAAACUUGAACUAUGACCUUCUAUUACAAUGAAAAACAAGUAAAGCUGCUGCCAUCCUGGAAUGCUAUCAAACAAAUAGGACCUAGAACCUUUCCUUUGCAAGAUUCCAUUCCAGUGCCACUUUGUAUUAUUUCAUUAUUUCAUUAAAAUUGUACUUACAUGCUGAGGUAGUAACAUUACCACUAGUGUUACUUGAGCUAGGCAAGAAGUGCUCACCUGUGUUACUGGCUCUUUCCCCAUUAGAUACAGUAAAGGCAUAGGGCAUGAGGUUAUCUGCAGAAGUAACUCUAUAGACAAGCAUUGCUCUUCUGUCCAAACUGGUUGACAUCAUUCUUUGCUGAAUUCAUUCAAAAUACCCUAUGAAUUUUUGACCACCAUCAACUUAAAGGAAAAAAAAAACUGUUAGGAUGCUGAUCAGGACAUCAAAAGGUACAAG